AAAUUGUCACUCUAGUGGACCAUUUCACUCACAUACACAGACGCUCACCUGCAAAUUUUCUCGCCGCCCAUGGCAACAGCUCUCUUCACCACGCGCCGCCCGCUAGCCUCCCUCCUCUCCCAUGCCAUCUCUUCCCGGCGCCACCGUCUGUCCCUCCCCCUCAUCAACUCCGCAUCCGCCGCCACCUACCCACCCCACCAAACCAAUUCGAUCAUAAUCCCUACCCGGUUCAAGACAUCCGGGUCGGGUUACUCCCCUCUGAACGACCCAUCUCCUAACUGGAGUAACCGUCCGCCGAAGGAAACAAUACUCCUCGAUGGCUGCGAUUACGAGCACUGGCUUAUAGUGAUGGAGUUCAAUUCGGACCCCAAGCCCACCGAAGAAGAGAUGAUUAAUGCUUAUGUCAAAACCCUGGCCUCCGUUGUUGGAAGUGAAGAGGAGGCAAAGAAGAAGAUUUAUUCUGUUUGCACAACAACAUAUACUGGUUUUGGUGCUCUAAUCUCUGAAGAGCUUUCAUACAAAGUCAAAGGCCUACCUGGAGUUCUGUGGGUUUUGCCUGAUUCAUACCUUGAUGUUCCUAAUAAAGACUAUGGAGGUGAUCUGUUCGUUGAUGGAAAAGUCAUCCAUAGGCCACAGUACAGGUUCAAUGAACGACAAAAUACAAGGAACAGGCCUCGGCCUCGAUAUGAUAGGCGCCGAGAAACAAUGCAAGUAGAAAGGAGAGAGCAAUCACUGGCAGUGAAUCAGCAUAAACCUACCUCCACAGUUGAGCAGAAUACGUCUCAAGGUGUCGGGGGAGGCUAUCCUCCGAAUCAUGGAGGAUUUCAGGGCAACAAUGCAUAAAUAGAUCUCGAAUUUGGAAUGGGAAAAUGGAAUCGAUCUCAGGUUUUGCAUAUUAUUGCUCAAAGAUCAGCCCUCGUCUUCAUUUGGAGUUCGGAGCAUGUUUUGUAUGGAAAAAUGCGCAUUACCCGCACUUUUAUGAGGUUUAUAGAUGUGAAUAUUGUUUGUGCUCCCUUACAUGAGACCUUUUUCCUUACAAUUUAGAACUUUUGGCGUAUGGGUCGUCUAGGUCUAGCUGUAUUGGUCUGCAAAAUUUGAUUCCUCACGUUUUCCUUUGUUAUUCAAGAGGACUAUCCUUUUUGUGUACUUUUCCUCUAUAAUGGCACGAAAACCCAUUCUAAAGCAACUGUUACAUCC